AUGCUAAACCUGGUGGAACUCAUUCAUCUGCUCCAGCUAGCUCUGAAACAUGAUCUAGAGAAACGAUACAAGGUUGAGCAAGCUGAGUGUGUUCCGCAAUCCAAGCACCUUACAGAGCCGCAGGAGGAGAUAGAACUUCAGACUAAUCCCACUCGCUCGUACAAAGCUGAGAACAGCAGUGACGCGCUGUCUUCACAAGGUGGGGCCACCGUUUACCAGAACUCUUGUGAGAGCUAUACUGACUUUGGGAUUGAAGUGAACUGGAGUCCCGAGGAAAGUGCCGGAGAUAUGCUUCCUAGUUACAUGAACUGCAUGGGAGCGAUGAGGACUAACCACUCCCCAAGGGUCAACUACAAGAAAAGACCUGACCACUCUGCAAAGCACUGUAAGGGUGUCCACAAAGCACAUUCAAAAAACAAGCACUAUGUAUGA